UUUUUUUUUUAUCAGAGACGGAGUUAUUAUUUUAGCUUUAUACUUUUAUAACGUAUAAGAAAAACGCGACGAGGAUUAUUGAGCCAUUCAAUAAUUUAUUAUCCAGUUUGAUAACUGACUUAGCAAAGUCAAGUUAUUAAUUUAUAUGCGAUAGAAAUAGUAUUUCUAUUAUUUACUUGAAGUCGUGAUUAAUUUUCGACUUAUAAAACGAAUUAUAAAAUAUGUAAUUCGUAGAGAGUUAUAACGAAGCGUCGUUAUUUAGUAGAACCCAAUAUUAGUUUUACAAAUACUUGAUUAAUUAAUAUUAAUCAAGCUAGAUGAUUUUUUUUAUUAGUAACCUCAAUUCUAUUUACUUUACCAUCAUCAUUAUUCUUUCCACUCCCUAAUGUCUCCUACACUAUCAACAUACCAUAGCAUAAUUUAGACCUCAAGCAUGAAGCAUGUAUAUACGUUGACCACAUGAGUAACAUCAUAAGCCUCUUUCAUACAUAGCAUAAUCAAUCAAGAAGACAACCAAAUCAAUUAGCAAAAGCAAAAGCUCUUCAAUCACCAACUCCACUCCACCAACUCCACUCCACCACUACACUCCCACACCCACCUACUCCCUCCACUUAAGUCAUUUGGCUGAAACAUAUCCUCACACAACCUUUAGCCCCACUAAGAAGAGUAAAAGCCUCACUUCCCCUCCAUAUUCCCUCCAUUUUCGUCCCUCCUCCUUUCCUCCACUCUCACAACUUUUCUCCCACCAUUAUCACACUCCAUAGAAGCCCUUGAUGCCCCAAGAGAAGUAGCAAAGCAAGGGAGAGCGUGGAAAAACUAGGGCGUAAAGUUAGAGUGAAGGUUGUGCUUCGAGGGUCCGGGCGACAGAAAGUGAAGCCGAAGAAGAAACGACUCCACGCCAGCUUUAAGAACAAUUGAGAAUGCCGCCUAAGAGAGGACGCCCUGUGAGAAACAAUAACAAUCGCAGAAACCGUAACGCUGUACCCGAAGAACCACAAGAUGCUCGAGGACAUAACCCAUCCCCUCCGCCUCCGACUAGGAGAGUCGAAGAACUCUUUUUAAGGCAAAAUCCACCUACGUUUGACGGAACGAGUGAACCGGCUGAAGCUGAGAUUUGGGUGCGUGCAAUGGAACGCAUUUUCAACUUUCUACGUUGUACUGAUGAGGAGCGCCUAUCUUGCGUCUCUUUCCAACUAACAGGAUCAGCUGACUUCUGGUGGGAAGCACGUCGAAAAAUUCUGACACCUGAACAAUGGGCAAGUUAUACUUGGGAAGAUUUUAAGACGGGAUUAUAUGAUAAAUAUAUUCCGAAAAGCUAUAGGAAGAAGAAAGAAGCUGAGUUCUACGAGUUGAAGCAAGGAAAUAAAUCUGUGGUUGAAUACGACAAGGAAUUCUGCAACCUGUCUAGGUUUGCUCCGCAACAAGUGGACACAGAUGAGAAGAUGGCAGAGAAAUUUUGUGCCGGUCUACGGUACGAAAUUAAGAUGGCUCUAGCAAGCCACGGAGGACUCUCAUACACGGAGUCUCUGAACAGGGCACUUGACGUUGAAGCUGCAAUGCCGUCGGACAAGUCAGCCCCAUUGUUGAUCUCAACGCCAAAUGAUCCACCAGUAGCCUCACAUACUCUCAAAGGGAAGCGCAAGUGGGACAACAACGAAGACAAUAUCAAUCAGACUAGUAAGAAAGUGUGGCAAGAAUAUGAACGGGCCGAACAGUUUAUUCAACCAAGGCACGAGGCACAGACUAACCUCGAGCGAACUGGGGGUAACCAAGGUCAGAAAGGAGUUUUACCUUGCCCAAAUUGUGGUAAGAUGCAUAGGGGUAUCUGUCGGGCUGGAACUAACGGUUGUUACAAUUGUGGCCAAAAAGGUCACUACUCCACGCAAUGCCCCAAUAGACAACGAGGUUCAGCAGUUGGGAACACCCGCACCCCCUUGCCAGCAAUACGUGGACACUUGCGAAAUCAGCCUCAAUCACAUCAGUGAAAAUCUUAUGGAGACACCGCAGACAAGAAAAGCUACGUGGGAGCUUGAAAACAAGAUGAAGGAAAAAUACCCCGAACUGUUUUAGCAGAGAUAUGCAAAUUUCGGGACGAAAUUUUUGUUAAGAGGGGUAGUAUGUAGUAGCCCGCUCUUUUAUUUAUGAUAAAAACUAGUAAAUGCAAUUUUUAUAAAUGAAUCCAGUUUAUGGUCCUGAUUUUUUUUUUAUCAGAGACGGAGUUAUUAUUUUAGCUUUAUACUUUUAUAACGUAUAAGAAAAACGCGACGAGGAUUAUUGAGCCAUUCAAUAAUUUAUUAUCCAGUUUGAUAACUGACUUAGCAAAGUCAAGUUAUUAAUUUAUAUGCGAUAGAAAUAGUAUUUCUAUUAUUUACUUGAAGUCGUGAUUAAUUUUCGACUUAUAAAACGAAUUAUAAAAUAUGUAAUUCGUAGAGAGUUAUAACGAAGCGUCGUUAUUUAGUAGAACCCAAUAUUAGUUUUACAAAUACUUGAUUAAUUAAUAUUAAUCAAGCUAGAUGAUUUUUUUUAUUAGUAACCUCAAUUCUAUUUACUUUACCAUCAUCAUUAUUCUUUCCACUCCCUAAUGUCUCCUACACUAUCAACAUACCAUAGCAUAAUUUAGACCUCAAGCAUGAAGCAUGUAUAUACGUUGACCACAUGAGUAACAUCAUAAGCCUCUUUCAUACAUAGCAUAAUCAAUCAAGAAGACAACCAAAUCAAUUAGCAAAAGCAAAAGCUCUUCAAUCACCAACUCCACUCCACCAACUCCACUCCACCACUACACUCCCACACCCACCUACUCCCUCCACUUAAGUCAUUUGGCUGAAACAUAUCCUCACACAACCUUUAGCCCCACUAAGAAGAGUAAAAGCCUCACUUCCCCUCCAUAUUCCCUCCAUUUUCGUCCCUCCUCCUUUCCUCCACUCUCACAACUUUUCUCCCACCAUUAUCACACUCCAUAGAAGCCCUUGAUGCCCCAAGAGAAGUAGCAAAGCAAGGGAGAGCGUGGAAAAACUAGGGCGUAAAGUUAGAGUGAAGGUUGUGCUUCGAGGGUCCGGGCGACAGAAAGUGAAGCCGAAGAAGAAACGACUCCACGCCAGCUUUAAGAACAAUUGAGGUUGAGCUGUGAUGGGCGAUGAAGUGUUGUUGCUGAGUGGAGUUUUUGUUGAACUUAAAGUAGGCUCAGAAAGGAUACAUGUCUUCAUACAUGUAUCUCAGUUAUGCAUUCCGCUGUAAACACUGAUUAUUUCAGUUACACCUUCCGUUGCAAACUCUGAUAAUGUUUUAGCCAAGCCCCUAACGAUGCCUUUUUCCUUUUAAGGAAUAUAACGCUUAUACAAGUUCGUUGAGUACCCUUUUUAUGCGAACUAUGCCUUUUUCCUUUUUAAGGAAUAUUUCACGCGUA